CCCCUUCGAUAGCAGUCGCAAAACUACUCUUCAGCGAGCGAGAAAGAGAUGAAAGCUUUGAGAGUCAUUAGAAUCCUGACCUCCUCCUCCUCCUCCUCCUCCUCUCUCUCCACUCUCUUCUCUUCGACCACAAAUCGGACACGUCUCCUUCCUUCCGCCCUCUCUCGCUCCUUCGCCGCCCAGCCCCAAACCCACCCCUCCGCCGCCGCCGCCGCCUCCUCUACGGACGAAGACACCGACGCCAACGCCACCCUUCCCAACUUCGAUAGCAGCGAAUUCUCCCUCCAUUUUACCCCUCCCGACCCAUCUUCCGCGAAUUCCUACCAGAAGAAGCCGACCUGGGACGAGACCUACCGGGCGAGGGCCAACCAGGCUCUGUUCGGAGGGAAGAAGGCCGACCCGAAGCAGGCGGAGGAGGAGGGGGAUGAGGAGAGGGAGAGGGCGGCGAGGCUCGCCAGAGUUCUCCUCGAGGCGGCGCUGGAGCCGCCUGAUGAUGUUGAGGAGGAGCAUAUGGUAGUGAAGGAGGAAGACCAGCGGUCGCUCUCGGUUGGCAUCAUUGGAGCUCCCAAUGCCGGGAAGUCUUCCUUGACGAAUUUUAUGGUUGGAACAAAAGUUGCUGCUGUUUCAAGGAAGACCAAUACAACUACCCACGAAGUCUUAGGAGUGAUGACAAAAGGAAACAGACAAAUAUGUUUUUUUGACACUCCAGGACUGAUGAUCGGGCAUCAUGGAUACCCUUACAGGGCUGAUGUUAGAGUUCGUGUCGAAAGUGCUUGGAGGUCUAUCGAUCUUUAUGAUCUGCUGAUAGUGAUAUUCGAUGUCCAUAGGCACCUUUCCGCGCCUGACACCAGGGUGAUAAAGUUAAUUAAAAAUCUGGGAGCACAGGUUCAUCCUAAACAAAAGCGAGUGUUAUGCAUGAACAAGGUUGAUCUAGUGGAAGACAAGAAAGACUUGUUGAAAGUUGCCAAAGAAUUUGAAGAUCUUCCAGCAUAUGACAGGUAUUUCAUGAUAUCUGGUCUAAAAGGUUCAGGUGUGAAAGACUUGGUUCAGUAUUUGAUGGACCAGGCAGUUAAAAGACCUUGGGAUGAAGAUCCCACCAUCAUGAGUGAAGAGAUAAUGAAAAACAUAGCUUUGGAGGUUGUUCGAGAGAAGAUGUUGGAUCAUAUUCAUCAGGAAAUUCCCUAUGUUAUUGAACAUCGAUUAAUGGAUUGGAAGGAACUAAGAGAUGGCUCUCUUAGGAUAGAGCAGCACUUUAUCACUCCAAAACACAGCCAGCGCCAAAUUCUUGUUGGAAAAAAUGGUUCCAAGAUAGGGAGAAUAGGCAUCGAAGCCAAUGAAGAGUUGAGAUCCAUAUUCAGGAGGCAGGUGCAUCUCAUUCUCCAGGUUAGAGUUGCUCGAAGAAAGAGUGCAUGAAUUGUUCAUAGACAUUUCUAUGUAUCACACCUGAUACCAACAGUUUGGCAGUGGGUCUGCACUGAGGAAUUUAUCAAAGUUAUGCCAAUACCAUGGCUCAUAUUUGCAUGGGGUGAAUCUAGUGCCAUGUUGCAAGCCACAUGUACUCCCUCAACUCCUCUGUAAUCAGAGCACUGCUGGAGUCAAGAAUCAUGAUCAUUCAAUCCAAAGGGUUCUAUUUAACAUUACUCUGUCCAAUCUCCAGCUCUGAACUCAUAGCCUGCUUUGGAUGGCGUGAGGGCUUGGAUUAGUGAUCUUCUCAAAUGUUCAUUCAAUUAAUUAUUAUAAUAUAUGGCCUUUGUGUUUCUUACGAUGUAUUGCAUGUUUGUAUGGUGAUCCAGGAACUGGUCCCAGAUUAAUUUGCUGAAAAUAUGUUAUCUAUGCUGUAUUUCAUCAUGGCAUGAUCGAUAUAUUUUUAUACUAAAGAAUUCGAUGUA